AUGUCGAAGGCAGGCAAGAAGCAAGAAUACUUCGAAAAGCUCAAGUCUUACUUGGAGGAGUUCAACUCCAUCUUCAUUGUCAACGUCGACAAUGUCGGUUCCAACCAGAUGCACGAGAUCCGUAAGGCUCUCCGUGGUGAUGCCAAGAUCCUUAUGGGCAAGAACACCAUGGUCCGUCGUGCCAUCCGUAUCCUCCAGACCGAGAACCCCGACUACGAGAAGCUUAUGCCCUCGGUCCGCGGCAACAUCGGUUUCGUCUUCACCAACGCUGACUUGAAGACCAUCCGUGACAAGGUUCUCACCAACCGUGUCAAGGCCCCCGCCAAGGCUGGUGCUUUGGCUCCCAUUGAUGUGUACAUCCCUGCCGGUAACACCGGUAUGGAGCCCGGUAAGACCUCUUUCUUCCAGGCUUUGGGUGUCCCCACCAAGAUUGCCCGUGGUACCAUUGAGAUCAUCAACGAUGUCCAUUUGAUCAAGAAGGAUUUCCGUGUCGGUGCUUCCGAGGCUGCUCUCUUGAACAUGUUGAACAUCUCUCCCUUCACCUACGGUUUGACCGUUGUCCAGGUCUACGACCAGGGUACCGUCUUCCACCCCUCCGUCUUGGACAUUGAGGAGGAUUCUCUUAUCGGUCACUUCGUUGCCGGUAUCAAGAACAUUGCCGCCAUCUCCCUCCAGAUCGGUUACCCCACCGUCGCUUCGGUCCCCCACUCGAUCAUCAACUCUUACAAGAACUUGUUGGCCGUUUCCGUUGCCACCGAGUACAACUUCCCUGGAUCUGAGAAGAUCAAGGCCUACCUCGCUGACCCCACCGCCUUCGCCGUCGCUGCCCCCGUUGCCGCUGCCACCACCUCCGCCGCCAAGGUUGAGGAGAAGGUUGAGGAGAAGGAGGAGUCUGAUGACGAUAUGGGAUUCGGUCUUUUCGAUUAA